AUGUGUGUUUUUCCUCCAGAAAUCGUCGACCUCAUAAUCGACUUUUGCGAUCCGCCUACGCAGAGCCUGGCGGCAAAGGUGUUUCCCUACAAGUUCAAGCGGCCAAUACAAGUGACCCCCGAUGUGAUCGAUCAACGGCUAGACGGCCUUCUUAUGCCCGCCGAUGUCAUCUCCAUUGACUGUUCUGAGACCCAACUCAGCCGCCACCGCCAGCGAGUGGCUCAGCUCGAGUUAUACUGCACCGAUAUCAAGGAUUUCGUGCUGUUUUAUGAUCGGAUCCACAGUUUACACGUAUUUGACGGACGCGUUACUCAGGCUCAAUUACAAAAAAUGAACCUUAAACUGCUCUUCAUCAAGCUGCUGAUGUGCGACAACUACGAUUUUUCAGCGCUCAAGGGCCUUCAAUCGUUGUCGAUCUGUAAUUAUGGCCUUGCCGGCGCCAUGUCGUUGGUACUUCCAGAAGGGUUGAGAACGCUCAAAUUGACGUCGUGCGAAGUGGAGAGCGUUACCUCACCGUCAAGUCUUCAUCGCGUGGUGUUUGAUGAUGUCGACGGAGGCAACGAACUUAUAUCAGGGGCAUUGUCUCAAGUCCACAGUUUGCAAUGGACAAAAUACCGCCCAGCGCUGACACCGGAAAAAGUCCGUAAACCAUGGGGUGUCGCUCAUCCCCGUCCCUGGUCAUCCCACGAUUUCCCCAUCGACGUGAUUUUGUCUCGUUCCAGUCUUCUGCAAACUACUGAGGAGCUCACUUUCUGUGGGUUGCGUUACUUCGAUACCUGGGCUAAAUUUCCAGCGUUAAAGAAAUUAGAGCUUUUGUUCCCCACCUUACACCCGAUACCCGUGCUCCCCAAGACCAUUGAAGCCCUUCAGAUCACUAAGGCUCGCAUCCCAGGGUCGCUUCUGUUUGUACCCGACCGAGUAAACCACUUGGUUCUCCUUAAUUGCCGCAUGCUGGGCCCGUUAGAGGUACACCACCCUCAACUCACUAAGCUUGUGAUCAACGGAUGUAAUGUCACCACCGCUGUCACCCUUGGACCGUUGCUUGAGCAGGCAGACUUGCUGUUUAACAACAUUAAUGAGGUGCACUCAAUGAAGCAAUGGCACCGGCUCCGCAAGCUCAAACUCAAUUAUAACGAGCUUGCCCGGUUAGUAGUGGAUGCCCCUGCGCUUGAAUCAGUCGACGUUUCUGAUAACCACAUGGAAAGUGUUGAAUUUGGUGACGGCGUGGCCAACUUGGCGGUGGAAGUAAUUAAUCGCCCCUACUUUCGUACUGCAUAG